CUUCUACUCAGGGAUGCUUCACCAGUCGACAUUGGAUAAAACCAAUAGCAGGGACUGCCCUAGGAUACCAAACUGUCACUCACCUGUACAAGGCUCGGAUGAUCCUUAUCUACCGUGAUGGGUUGAGGACGGAAUAUUUCCAUGUUCCUCGAUCCGCCGGAUAUCCCACCAGCAGCCAUUAUGAUUACCAUACUCUUCGUUUUGGUAGAUGAUGGUAAUGCAAUGGCGGUAUAACAUAUACCAACACGGAAAGCAUAAAGGGUCUGGAUCGUUCAAGAGCGGCAUCCAAGAUCAUGAGCUGCCACUUCGCCUCUUCACCACAAUACAGGGAGAGAUCCUAGGUUUCCUGACUCGCACCUUUCGCCCACCAUGGCCCCUGUGCCAGAAGCUGACGAGGACGACGAGUAUCUGGUGUCGUGGGAUGGGAAAGAUGACGUUGCUAACCCGAUGAACUGGACACUGGCCUACAAGUCGUUGGUGAUUGCGAUUGUCUCCUACAACACAUGGGUUGUCAUCUAUGCGUCAACCUCCUUUCUCAGUGGCAUGCCAGGCAUGAAGCAGACUUUCCACGUCCAACAAGAUGAACGAAUCACUCUCGGUGUCACUGUUUAUCUUUUGGGGCUUGCCGCUGGGUGUCUAGUCCUAGCCCCGAUGAGCGAGGUAUACGGACGGCGGCCGAUUUUCCUCUGCAGCAUGUUGUGCUUCACUCUUUUGACACUACCAUGUGCAUUGGCAAAUUCGUUGAAGGACAUAUUGACCGUUCGGUUCUUUGCGUACGUUGCCCCCCGGCCUGUCCAUUCUCGCUUGAGAUACUCCUCUGUCGGGACACUAAAAUUCCCCCAAGGGCACUCUUUGGAUCUGCCAUGCUGUCAAACUCGCCAGGAGCUGUCAACGACAUUGUCCAUCCGCAAUACAGGGCAGCCGCCUACAGUUGCUGGUCUCUCGGCCCUCUCAAUGGUCCAGCAACGGGUCCAAUCAUCGGUGGCUUCGUCUUCCAAUACCUCGGCUGGCGCUGGACAGAAUGGAUCAUCAUGAUCUUUGGCGGCGUCGGACUCUUACUGAUGCUGCUUGUCAAGGAGUCGUAUCAGCCCCGUCUCCUUCGUACCAAAGCGGCGAAGAAAAGAGGCGUCACCAGCGACACCCGUUGGCACAGUCGUUACGAUGACACCACGUCCACCCCGUGGCAGAUCUUGAAAACCAACCUCAACCGGCCGCUAAGACUCUCUAUGACGGAAGCCAUUCUGAUUUUUUGGAAUCUCUACACCGCGACCGUCUACGGCAUACUGUACCUCAGUUUCGUCGCAUACCCCAUCAUCUUCUCCGACAUCCGCGGUUGGAAGCCAGGCCCAUCUGGCGCCGCCUUCACGGGCGUCUCGGUCGGGACUUUGUUGGCAAUCAUCUCCGAACCACUCCUGCGAAGAAUGAUCAACAGCCAUAAAUCCGACCCGUCGACCGGACAUGUCGCGCCCGAGGCCAUGGUCUCUGUGCUCUGCAUCGCCGCCAUUCUCACCCCCGUGGGCCAGAUCUGGUUCGCGUGGACCUGUGCUCCUUCUUCGAUCCACUGGGUCUGGCCGAUCCUGGCGGGGAUACCUUUUGGCAUAGGCAAUACCUGGUCCAACAUCUACUCAUCGAACUACAUGGCCCAGUGCUACGGGAUAUACGCUGCCAGUGCCCUGGCCACCAACGCCGUCGCACGGAGUGUCAUGGGCGCGGUGAUGCCACUCGUCGGCAAACCGAUGUACGCCAACCUCGGCCCAAAUUGGGCUGGGACAUUGUUGGGGUUACUAUUGGUGGUGAUUGCACCUAUACCGUUUGUGUUUUAUAGAUACGGUGGUCGAAUCAGGGAGAGGUCAAUUUUGAUCAAGAACAUGCAGAAUGAAGUACGAAUAUUGGCAGGCGAUGUUGUUGUUGUUGGUGGUGGUGGUGGUGGUGGUGGUGGUGCAGUAAGUGUUGAAGAACCGAUGAUGCAAGAGCAAAGACCCAAGAUUAGACAAUGA